UUCCAAUGAGAAACGAUAGGUCACACUACGAAUUAGAGGAAAUAAAUACAAACAAAUUGGGCUGUGUAGCGGAAUUUAAAUUUAAACUUUAUCAGCAGCAGUACUAUCUGGCGAACAUCUCGGCCAAAAUGAACAUAAAUCUGCCGAAUUUCAAUGUGAAGAACCUGGUGAAGGAGGCGGGCAGCACGAUAUCACGAGUGGUGCAGCUCACGGAGGAGAAACUGGGCACCACGGAGCGCACCGAGUACGACUUGCACUUCCAGAAUCUCGCUGAGCGGGCUGAUGUGACCAAGACAUGGACGGAGAAGAUAGUGCGCGAUACAGAGUCGGUGCUGAUACCCAAUCCCCAGAACCGGGUCGAAGACUUCAUCUUCGAGAAGAUCGAAAAGUCGAAGCCCAAGAGGUUGAGCAACCUAGAGCACCUGGCUCUGGACAUGAUCGAGGCUGGUGGCGAUUUCGGCCAGGAUCUGCCCUAUGGUCAGGCUCUGAUCAAGGUCGGCCAGGCGGAACAGAAACUAGGCCAGUGCGAGCACGACUUCAUAGCCACCUCGGGCAUUUGCUUUACACAGCCGUUGCGCAAGUUCCUAGACGGCGAAAUGAAGACAAUUGGCAAGGAGCGCGGCAUCUUGGAGACCAAGCGCCUGGAUCUGGACGCCUGCAAGAACAGGGUGAAGAAGGCGCGCAGCAUGCUGGGUCAGCAAUCGAAAGAUGGCAUCUCGCCAGAGGCCGUCUUGGAACAGGCGGAGCGAGACUUGCGGGUGGCUCAGGCCGAAUUCGACCGGCAGUCGGAGAUCACCAAGCUGCUGCUGGACGGGAUCAGCACAUCGCAGGCCUCUCAUUUGCGCCACUUGCACGCCUUCAUCCAGACGCAAGUGCGCUACUACAAGCAGUGCGGCGAUGUCAUGGAGCAGCUGCAGCGUGAGCUGGCCAACUUGGGAGGCCCCACGCCAUACAUUCCGCUCGACGUGAACGAGGCCAGUGCCAGCAAGUCCAACAUAUCGUCCGGUGCCGCAGCCCGUGGUCCGGGCAACAAUCACUCUGCCAAUAUGGUUGCCACCGGCCACAAGCCCAAUCAGCCCAUGCACGUCAGCACGGAUCAGAUGCAGAGGGCACGCGUCCUUUGCUCCUACGACGCCAAGGAUCACACCGAGCUUAAUUUGAGCGCAAAUGAGGUGAUCUUCGUGACGGAAUGCUCGCCAGUAAACGAGGACUACAUGUACGGAAAACAGGGUCUAUUGAAAGGCCUGGUGCCACGCGCGUUUGUUGAAAUGCUCGACGAAGAGCACGACGUCACCCUCUAAGCCCUCCAACUCUUUCAGCAAUACUCAAUCAUUCAAUAAUCUCAACCAAAAGUAAUGAACAAGAAAAAUACUCCAAGUACGGCAAUACUUACACGUUAAGAAGGCAGAGACGAUCGAGAGAAGGGAAAGGCAAUUGGACAAUUAGAAGAUGCGGCCACUGCGGCAUUUGGCACUAGCAAGAGAGUACAAUAAUUUAUUAGAAUAUACAUACAUGAAUAUAUACAAGGCAUAUACAUACAUGAGCGUGUUGUUAGAAAAAGCAUUGUAGUUUAGCCUUCGGUGAUAAUCAAACCCAGAUCCUUGCCCAAAGAGCUACGCUACUCAGUUGCACAGAUCACACAGUAAUCAAAUAUGCAUUCUGGCUGCCUGAAUAACCGUCAAGUUAUACUUGUAAAUUUAUGAAAUUCUGAUCAUUAUAAUUGUUAAAUCUUAUCGCAUAUCUAGAGAGAAAGUGCUGUUUUAUUAAGCUUCUCUACACUCGACAAAGUAUUAUAUAUGUGUUAUGUUUGCCUGUAUCUUAGUUAACAAGCGAAAUUCUUUGUGCUUUACUAUAUUUACUAUCCUAUAAUUAUAAACGUAAGUAUGCGAUUGUUAAUCCUAUUAUCCAUGUAUUCAGCGAAAGCGUUUCCAACUAUUAUCUAAUAUAUUUAAUACUUCCUGCUGCAAUUAUUAUGUUACAAAAUUUUGAGUGCAAUUUUUGAAAGUCAAUUAAAUGAAUAUUGCUUGUUACAUUUAAGACAAAACUCUAAAACACCAAGGCGCUUGAUAGUUAAAAAUUAACAGAAUAAUAUUGUUGAAAACGUACAAUACAAUAAUUAAAAAGUAAACAACGAUCAUUUUUAGGUUUUCAGCAAACAAACAAAGUUGUAAUAUGAAAAGCGAAUUUUUAAACACAAACUAUACUACAUAAUUACAAAUAUAUGAUCAAAAUUAAAUCCA